CCUGUCUCGCCAGUCAUUCCUGCUGCUCUGGCCAUGUCAUGGUUGAAGCCCAAGUGGUUCCUUUGGAGCCGCCUGACCCUUCUCCACCUGAUGUGUCUAUGCUUCUUCAGAUACAACCUUUGGCACGAGCUUUAACUUUCAGUGCGGUGUGUACGUUCUCUGACACAAGCAUCUCUUCUCUGCCUCGGCCACUACUCCAUUUUGAAGCCAAUUUGGUGGAUGAGAAACCCAUUGUUAUCUUCAGCCCGAUGAAUAUGAUUGUAGCGAGUUAUGAUGUCCCAUUUGUCUCAUAUUUGGAGAAGUCUCAUUUCCCAAUAUUUCCUCUUAUAUGGAGUGAAGUGGAUGAACAAGCGUCGUUGGUAUUGCAAGGAUCUUCCUCCCAUCGAAUGCUCUUUUCUGCGUCUGGUGCAGUGUGUUUAGUCCUAUGGGUUACACUAGAUGCGAUCUUUCGAGAAGCUUAUGAAGCCGUUUUGAUACGGUUUCUUAUGGUUUUUCUUGUGAUAUGUAUCGCCAUUCUAUCAUUUAUGUUAUGUCUCUUCUUGUGUUUGGCUCGCAGUAGCUUUUAUGUAUCCUCCUUUGAUGGAGUUUAAACUUUUCAAAGAUAAAUGCAAGCAUGGU